AUGCGAGGAGAAAACGGCAAUGCUUGCCAGUGGUCCCGUCGGCCUGUGGACGGUUUCCGAGCAACUAUUUACCCGAUCUAUGCACUAUCAGGUUGGGUGCGGCAGCCAAAUAUUUUGAAAGUACCAGGAGGGCUGUCAAAUCUUGGUGAAGAUAUCGAGGUGACGUCUGUGAGAGAGGUGCAGGAAGAGACGGGUGUCCGUUCAGAUUUCAAGUCGGUGAUUGCCUUUCGUCAACUUCAUGAUCACCCGAACGCGUUCGGCCGAUCGGACAUCUACGCCGUAUGCCGCCUCUCGCCGCUGACCUUUGACCUCGCGCCGUGCAAGCACGAGGUCGCGUUCUGCGCGUGGAUGCGCGUCGACGAGUUUGUCGUUCACGAGCAGACGACUGCGUUCGGGCGCAGCGUCGGUCGGCUUCUCAUGCAUGGCCUCGAGCGUGGCUUCAGCGCUGUCGACGUGACGUCACACGAGCUCGAGUAUGCACAGUCGCAGGCACGAGCGAAAACCUACAAGCAGGGGCUUAUCAGUAGUCGCAUCGCGAGGUGA